GUCUCAAUGCCAUUGAUCUCAAGGCAGUCAAGCACUAGAGAUUUCAAAUGCCCCUGAAAUGGCAGCAUGAUAAGGGGCUGUGGUUGAAAAUUCAAGGCUAGGGUAUGAAGAAGGUAGCAUUUAUUCCUUAUUUCAGCACUUGCCUUUGCUUGAAUGACAGCUACUGAAGUCACUUGAAAUUUCAUUCUGCUGUUACCAUUCGUAAUUCAACAAUCUGUAAUCUUUUCAGACAACUGGCUGAAGAAAAAUACCAGGAAAAUCUCAGACGAAUGCAGGAGCUCAGAUCCCGUAACUUUCACCAAGUGAAUAUAGAUGUCCUUCAUGAAGCUGAUCAACAGAUUGCAAAGUGUCUGAUUACAUCUCAGCCAGUCACUACAUUGGACUACCUAUCUAUAGGACGUAAUAAGCCAGAAGACAGUGAAACACCAGAAAGACUCUGCAUGUCUGAACCAGUGGAGCAUGGGAUUCCUGAAGAUCCACUCAUUGCAGAAGAGUAUUACAAUGAUGUGUUUGAUUCAUGUUCAGAAACCAGUGAGGAGGAGGAGGAGGAAGUAGUGACAGAAGUGGAAGAGAGGGAUAUGUCACAGACUGUUUGUAGAACAAAUCAGCAGGAAAGCGAUAUUGAGGCGAUGGUCAGUUAUAUGGAGAGCAUCCUAAAUACCAGCUCUUUAGGUUCUGGGACUGUCACCAGCAUGACUCCACUGGAGCCCGGGGGAUCGAGAGCUCUCAACAGCACCAUGGCGGCAACCAAGCUGAGGCGUAUGAGGGAGUCAGCCAUUCAGAAACUGGGACCAGAAAUCUUCGAAAAAGUGUAUAAGUUUCUCAAAGAAGCUAAGCAGGAGAAUGCAAGCGAGGAUGAAAUCAAAGACUACCUGGAAAGAGUGGUGUGUAAGGCAAGUGACUGUUUUGAAGUGGACCAGCUCCUCUAUUUUGAAGACCAGCUGUGCCCUCAAAGAGACUCUGUGCCGCAAAACAGACCUCAGAAUGGCCCCACUGGGAUUCAGAGCGAACAGUCUGAAGAUGGACCCGCUUAUUAUAAGAGGGAUGAGCAGCAGGGAGAUACUGAUGGGAAGGAGAGCUGCCAUUUUGUUCUCUGAUUAUGGGAAAUAAGGAACCUGUUUUCAUCUCCAAAUGAAGCCUUUUCUAAUGAAGAGCUUAUCUGUUGAUUGCUGCAAAAGCAGUAUUAACGCUUGGACCCCAAUCAUGAUUUCCUUGAAAACGGUGGGAUUGUGCUUGUACAUUGCAAUAUAUUUGCAUGCUUGAUUAUCCAUCUGGAGAAGCUAUGAUAUUAAAUACCUUUUGUUUCAUCAUGCUUCAAGCAGAGUGUAAAGACAACCAUGAUACACUGGGAGGCAGGAAAGAAGUUAAGGAGAAAAGUGGGGGGGAGGCCUGCAUCGGAAGUGGUGCAAGGGAGUGUUUCCCCUGCCCCUCCCCCUACUGUAUAAGGAGUAGCCCUGCUGGCUCAGGGAGCAAAUGUGUCAUUGGCCGGCCAUCCUUGAGCUCUGUGCUUGCAGACCCGGAAGUCCAGGCCACCAUGGAGCUGUGCUGACAUCUGGAAUAGACACCAUUGUGCGGGAGGGCAGGUCAGGGCAUUCCUGGGUGCAGAGCCAGCCUUAGUCAGCUUUCAUCCUGGUUUUGUGGCCUGUUGCAAUGUGGCCAUGGCCCUGGACUUGCACCACCCUUUGGAUUGGCAUAAGUCCAUUGGGCUCCAUGGACAGCUUUCUGGGGGCGGGAAGGGUUUUAGCUGUUUUUCCCUUUCACACUCCUCUGGAAAUCCAUUGGAGGUGGUGCAGCACCACCUUCGCUGCAUUGUCACUGUCUGCCAUGCCAAUCUGGAUUGUUCUGUAAGUGUCCUUUGAUUUACUCCCGAUAUACAAAGAUGGAGUAGGGGUAUUCCGUUGCUUAAGUUGUUUUAUAUUGUUUUUAGUAAGCACUAGGGCUGAGCCAAUCAUUCUUCAGGAAACAUUUUCAGGAUGAAAACUGUUCGUUGGCUCUUGAAAGAUCUUUUGAAGCAAGUUUUUUGCGCCAAUCUCUCCAACUUAUAGCCCUAAUUAGCUGCUGCUGUGGCAUUAUUUUUUCUUUAAAAAUAGUCUUUGGUCAAUUACAGCAUAGGCAUUUCCUUCCCUCUGAUGCUGUUACACUUGGUCCAAGUAAUAUCAUCAUCACAUAACCAAAUUUGAUUGGCUUCAUGAAAGCCUAACUUACUGAGCUGUUUUUCAGACCAAAACUUGUGCUAAUGCUGUAACCUGCUGGGACUGUAAAGAGAUUCCCAUUGGUGCCAUUGCCUGGGUGCUACACAGAGGGAGGGGAGAGGAUGUAGCACAAGUCAGGGGAGGCAGGAAAGCUUCUCCUUGCAAGAUUUCCAAAAGGGGGAACUUUUUGAAGGAAUAGACAUUUUAAAAAUGCACCUCAGUUUUCAGCUCAUCCCUAAUAAGUAUAGUUACCUUGCAAAUGUUUAGCAUAUAAAUAUCAUGUAUAUUUCUGUUUAUAUCAGAGAUACAUAACAUUGUCCAUCCUGGAACUCUUUGCAUCUUAUUUCCUCCACCACCACCCCCCCCCCCCCUGCAUUGUAAACAUUGCCCCCUUUCAUCAGUACUUAUUAAAUUAAAAUUACAGAAUGAAUUGUCCCAGUGUCCCUUUACUGCAAC